AUGAAAGAAACUUGUGCCACCAUAUUGAAAGUCACCAAAGAGCAAGUCGAGGGACUAAGGAAGAAAGCCAACGAGAUCCCACAUCAAGACAUGGAAAUGGUGGUGAAACGACCUUAUUCUCGAUCCAAAGCAGUCGCUAGCCACUUAUGGGGGUGUAUAUGCAAGGCACGAGCAAGUGAUAACUCUCAACCAACAAGACUUAACUUAAGGCUUGAUUUUCAUAGCCGCUUGAAGCCGUCUCUCCCCGCAGGAUACUUUGGCAACAUAGUUCAUAGCAUAGUGACAUCAACAUGUGUCCAUGGUGACCUAUUGUCCAAGCCACUUAGUUAUUCAGCUGGAAAACUAAGGGAAGUUAUCAAUCAUAUGACAGAUGAGUAUAUAAGGUCCGCUCUUGAUUUUAUAGCUAGCAAGGAGGAUGUGAGUGCUUUGAGGAGUAACUUCCAUAUUCGUGCAUACACAAAAACACUUAAUUUCUUAGGAAAUCCCAACUUUUCUAUUGGAAGUUGGAUUAAUUUGCCAUUUUAUGGUAUGGAUUAUGGGUGGGGAAAGCCAAUAAACGUCGGUCGAGGAUUAUUAAAUGAUGAUGGCAAGUCGUUCAUCAUGUCAAGUCCAACUGCUGAUGGAUGUCUCCUCAUAGCAUUCCGUUUGCAAACAGAAUACAUGGAUUUUUUUAAGAAGCUCUUCUAUGAGGACAUGCCACACCAUGGUAAUGGGCUGUAA